CAAUUCAGAAAUGGUCCCUAUUUGAAUCGUUGUCAAGUUAGUAACCAAUCACUGACAGACAGGUUUACUAAAUUUAUUUAAUUUAAAGUUUCAAUUAUUUUGAAUUAGUCUUCUGUUGGUUCUUUGAUAAAUUUACUUAUAACGAUCUCCAUUAUUUUAAAUUCAUACAAUGUCGGGAUUUUUCGAUUCCAUUCCUACCCAUAUGGACUUCGUUGGCCAGAAAAAAGCCGAGAAAUUAUUCCAAACCUUAAUCCUAGCUGCUGCUGUUAUUGGUCUCGCGAUUGGCUAUCACUAUGAACAGUUUUCUUAUACUGUUUACUCUCUUGGUGCAGGGUUUGUCAUCUCUUGUUUGAUUACUCUUCCACCUUGGCCUAUGUAUAGAAGGAAUCCAGUUAAAUGGCAAAAGAGAAGGAAAGAAACAAAAUCAACAAAAGAAGACGAAUCAUCAAGUCCAUCUUCACCUAGUUCCAAGGGAAAGAAAAAGAAAUGAUUAAUGAUUAUUGUGCAAGUGUUUUGUAAUUUGAAGGUAAUGGCGAACCUUAUUUAACUUUUGAAUAAAUCGUUAAUGGGAAACGCCAUUACUUUACGAUAUUGGUUUUAAAAUAAAAAACAGUUUUGUUCUAA